UGGAAGGGGGAAGAGGUUUGUCGGCGCGGUUGUGGAGCGAGAGGGUGGUAUGGCCGGGAUAGCAGUAGGAAGUCGCACAGGCUUCUCUUCUGGAAGCAGGGCGCCUAUUGUCCCAUCCUCAUCUUACGCUGGACAGUUUGCAGACCGUAUUUGCCAAUACAGCUAGGGGUGGGCCGGUUUACAAGCACAAGAAAACUGAGGCUGGUGGUGGGAGUGGAAUGGGGCUGGGGAGGCAAGGAUAAGGUGAGCUGGUGACUUUUCCUGUAUUCUUCGCCCCCAGUCCUAUCAUCAGCUCACUCAGCCUUUCUUUCUUGCACUGUUUAGAAUCGUGGCCCCUAACGAACCGGGUGCUUUGGCCCUUUGAAGCCUCGGAAGCUGGUGGUGGAGGAGCUGCUCUGUGCAUCUGGGUACACUGCCAUCCGGGCAGGUGUGGAGAUUUGUAAGCCGCUCUAGCGCCUGCCGUAGUCCCUCGGAGGCUGGGCAAAGGAGCCCGGGAGGGCGGGGGACGGUGGGGUAAUUGGCAGACCUUGCCACGGCCCAGCAGAUCCUUCCUCCAACCUACUUGAUUCAAGCCUCUUGCGCUCCUCUUUUCUUUUCAAAGCCCCCUCAGCCCCUCAGCCAUACAGGCGAAUGCUGGGUGCAGGGCGCGUCCAUUCCAGCUGCAGCCCCUUUUCUUCCAUGGCCGGGUAUUAGCGCAGCGCUGGCUAGAAGCGCCGGGCGCCAGGCUGGCUGAGCGCAGAAGCACCCCUCCUUAGCUUCCCCCCGCCCCCCACCCCCAGCCUCUUCCCUCCUCCCAUCUGCCCGUCUUCCCCCACACCAGGCCUCUUGUGGCCCCCGCGCACCACUGCGGGCACUGAGGCGCUAACUCCCGGGGGAGCGCUCGCUGCCUUGGCUGCACCAGUAGCAGAUCGGGGGCAGAGCCAGUUGCGCCGGCCCCCCCCCCCCUCCACCUUCCCCGCAGCUCCCCCCUCCCUCCUCCUAGCCACCCCACCCCCUCCCGCCCGGGUCUCCUUUGUGCUGCUCUCGCUCCUCCUGCCUCCUCCGGCUCUGCGCCCUAAGGACUGAGGCUGCGUCAAGGCGGAGUAGAGGAGCUGCUAUUGCUGCUGCUGCUGCUGCUGCUGCUCUGGGCGCUGACAUAUCCUACACAGCCGCGCAGAAUUAGCUCUGAGCACAGGAAGAAGAAAGAAAGAGAAAAAGAGCAACAAAAGGCAUCUGCUCCAUCCUAAUCCUCCAGCCUUUCCCAAGUUCAGCGCCCAGCUCCUCCUCCGCCAUUGCUGCGUGUGUGAGUGCGCUUGGAGGUAAAAGCUUGGAGAAGCCACCCGAGAUCCUUGGGGGGUACUGACCGCCUUUCCCUCAGGAUGGUGAAACUGGGGAAUAAUUUCGCUGAGAAAGGCACAAAACAGCCCCUGUUGGAGGAUGGCUUCGACACCAUCCCCCUGAUGACACCCUUGGAUGUCAAUCAGCUGCAGUUCCCUCCUCCGGAUAAGGUGGUGGUCAAAACUAAGACAGAAUAUGAGCCUGAUCGCAAGAAAGGGAAAUUCCGAACUCCUAAAAUAGCUGAAUUCACAAUCAGCAUCACAGAAGGCGUUUCGGAGAGAUUCAAGGUGACAGUUCUGGUCCUCUUUGCCUUGGCAUUCCUGACCUGUGUUGUCUUCCUGGUCGUCUACAAGGUUUACAAGUAUGAUCAUACUUGUCCAGAAGGAUUUGUUUUUAAGAAUAAUCAAUGCAUUCCAGCAGGAUUAGAGAACUACUACUCCGAACAGGACUCCAAUGCCCGGGGGAAAUUUUACACAGUCAUAAACCACUACAACUUGGCCAAGCAAACUAUCACUCGCUCAGUGUCUCCAUGGAUGUCAGUGCUGUCAGAGGAGAAACUGUCAGAACAGGAGACGGAAGCAGCUGAGAAGUCUGCUUAGUGGGAUAGGCCCAUUCUUUACGAUAUGUCAUUUGAAGGUAACCAAGGGACUUUAAGGGACAUUUCAUUAAUAUAAUUAUGGAUAAUUUAGAGGUUACUCAUUUAUGGUGCAACUGCUUCUGUCUGCUGAUACUGCUUUGCAAAUCAAACUUGCUGCAGAACAUUCUUGGGCAUCAAAUCAAGCGCAUAUCAGCAUUGCUUAAAGAGCUCUAAUGACAUUCCCCACAAUAAGAAAUCCUCCUCAGUUAGCUAACCCAGAGAGGGCCCGGGAUUUAGUGGAUGUGGUCAGAAAACAAAUGUACACUGGAUUGGCCAGGUUUUGGAACUUCAGAUAAAUCAUGCAUUUUACCUGUCUGAAUGGAUACACCUGCUGUUUUUAAUCACCCCAGCCAUAAUUAGAGUGAUCUCUCAUUCAGUUCAGAGUGAGCUGAGAUUAAAAAAAUAAUUUCUUUCCAGCUCAAAUUCAGUGGUAGUGCUGACACCCAGGUCGUCUAGGAAUGCCUGGUUUUAGAGGCCUUCGGGGACCAUCAGGUGGCAUAUUUAAUCGCAUUUCCUCUUCUGUUGUUGAUUUGUAAGUGAUGAUGAGGUUCUCUGCACCCAGGCAUGCUCAAUGUGGUUUUCUUAUCCCUCUCAAGUGAACAUCACUGCAUUUCCUCUGUGGUUCUGGCACCUCGGUAAAGAGGUGAAUUGAAACACACAUGUGAUCGCUACUAAAAAGCAUGAACACAUUUCACUAUGAAUGUACUCGGAUGGUGUGAAUGCAUCUAGGAAAUGGAGGGUGUUCUAUUUAGAUCCUGGGACAACCCUCUUGGAUAGUGAGGAAACCCCUUUUUUUCUGUAGAUAGUCCAUGCUGUAAUUUAUCUGAUAGGAAAGGAAGUCUUUGGUCACACUGGUUCAUUUUUAUAUUCCAUUAGAAAUUGGUCUACACUGAUCUUACUGUUUGCAAGUUAAUUGUGAAACACUGUGGGGCUUGGGAGUGGGUUGGGGAGGGAGAUAAACAUGUAGUGGCUGUUUGAAUCUGAGCUUUUUGAAUUUCUGAAUUGCAAGAACUGAGACCAGGUCUAAUAACCCCGAAGAGAAAAGGAACAGGUUCAACGAAGACCAGUGUUGUACCUGCAGGUUCAAUUAGUAAAGUUCAUUUCACAAUCUCUGUAAGAAAAUCAUCUUUCAAUUUUAUUCUGAACAUCAAAUAUAUGUUUACAAAGUUGCCAGUUAGACAUAAUAAGUGUGUAAAACAAUUAAAUAUAAAAUGAUAUUCACAGAUUUUUUUCCCUCCAUGUUAUUUUGAAAGUGCUGUUUCUAGUGGACAUGUCAAAAGUUUCAUAGUUUUUAAUAGCUACAAAAAUAAACGGCAAACAGUAGUAGGUUGUUCUCCCAGAUUUAUAGUCAAACAAACAUGGUGAGCAUGGUCAAUCCUAUCUUAGGUCCCUUCAUUUUUCUUCUAAGACGAAUAUAUUUUAUUAUCAAGAAUGUUUCUAAACAAGGACCGUGCUUUGUUAAUUCUAUUGUUUUAAGUACCAAACAUACAAUGAGGGUUCACUGAACAGUUAUGUACUGUAAAAGACUCUGAAGGAUGUUGCUAAGCUGUGUGGAAUGCAUAAAAAGCAAUAAAUUCUGUGCCAAAACUUUUCCUGCAUAAAAAACCUGAAAUCCAUGUAAACACAUUAUUAAAACAAACCAUGUUUGUAUUUUUUAGUAGAUAAUAUACUUUAUUGACUGUAAAUCCAAUCGCAUGUAACUUUUGACAUUUUCACUCUGUGUAAAUAAAGUACAAUAAGGAUAUCA